GAUGGUUUCAUCGUGUGCAUAAAAGAGCAUUUAUUGGCAACAGUAAGAAGAAAUGAUCUGUUGCAAGUUGAGGGUCUAGAAGAGCUAGGGGCAGGCCAAAAGGACAUGGAUUGAUGUAGGAUGAUUUUAUCAUUGGAGGGAUCCCAAUUUAAGAAUGCAUAUGGCACUGGAUAGAGCAGAAAUGGAGGAGAAGGUUUCAUGUAGUUUGACACCAUAGAGCUAGGACGAGGAUUUGUUGGGUUGAGUGUAGGUGUUGAAGUUCCGUUAAUGAAACAAAAUUCUUUACAUCCUGUGUUGAACAAUAUGAUCCAUAUAAUUCUUUACACGAAGUCUAACAAGUCAGGUGGAAAAUGGGAAGACUGCAAAAGAACUUCCUUGCAUCCCAUGCAAUAGGGUUAGAGUUGCUGCUUGCCAGUUACAUCUUAUGCACCUGAAAAUUUGUACCUGAGCAAGCAACGAUAAACACAUUCUUUGCCAAUCUUCUAAACAGGAGUCAAAUAUCAGAAGAUCCCCAUGAUACAUGGCGCAUCUUGAUUAGUAUAACUCCUAUGCUUUCCAUUGUAAAAGAAAGUAUGGGCUUACUUUGCAGCAAACACCAGCAUUUUGAUGAAGCUAAUGCCGAAGAAAAUGCCCAGGCUGUAGAAAUAGAGAGGCGUAUUGCUCAAGAAACAAAGGCUGAAAAGCAUAUCCAAAAGCUUCUACUACUUGGGGCUGGAGAGUCAGGGAAGUCCACAAUUUUUAAGCAGAUAAAACUUUUAUUUCAAACUGGCUUUGAUGAGGGGGAGUUAAAGAGCUACAUAUCAGUCGUCGAUGCCAAUGUGUAUCAGACUAUUAAAAUGCUGUAUGAUGGGGCAAAAGAAUUUUCUCAGAAUGAAGAAGAUUCUUUGAAGUAUGCAUUGUCUGUUGAAAAUAAGGAUAUUGGAGAGAAGCUAUCCGAAAUUGGAGGUCGGGUGAACUAUCCACGCUUGACUAAAGAACUUGCACGGGAUAUAGAGACUUUAUGGAAGGAUGCUGCAAUUCAGGAAACCUAUGCUCGUAGUAAUGAACUCCAAGUUCCAGACUGUGCUCACUAUUUCAUGGAGAAUUUGUACAGAUUAUGUGACGUCAACUACGUUCCAACUAAGGAGGAUGUUCUUUAUGCAAGAGUUCGAACAACAGGUGUUGUAGAAAUCCAGUUCAGCCCUGUUGGAGAGAAUAAGAAAAGUGGUGAAGUUUAUAGACUUUUUGAUGUUGGAGGUCAGAGAAAUGAGAGAAGAAAGUGGAUACAUCUAUUUGAAGGUGUUACAGCAGUAAUUUUUUGCGCUGCUAUUAGCGAGUAUGAUCAGAUGCUGUUUGAGGAUGAAAGCAAGAAUCGAAUGAUGGAGACCAGGGAACUCUUUGACUGGGUUCUAAAACAACCAUGUUUUGAGAAAACGUCUUUCAUGCUCUUCCUGAACAAAUUUGAUAUAUUUGAGAAGAAGGUUCUAAAGGUGCCACUAAACGUUUGUGAGUGGUUCAAGGAUUACCAACCAGUGUAUGCAGGAAAACAAGAGAUUGAGCAUGCAUACGAGUUCGUGAAGAAGAAAUUUGAGGAGCUAUACUUCCAGAGCACUGCUCCAGAUCGCGUUGAUCGGAUAUUCAAGAUCUAUAGGACCAGUGCCCUUGAUCAGAAGCUUGUCAGAAAAACUUUCAAACUCGUGGAUGAGACUCUGAGAAGGAGAAACCUUUUGGAGGCGGGCUUAUUGUGACGUUGGUGCACUUCUUGGAUCAGAUUGGUAUCUCUCAAGAGUGGAAGGAGCUUCUUUGAGAGGUAUAUCAAGCAUGUGUUGUUCAUUGGCUCUUUUGGUCGCAUACUACACAAAUCACUGGGGAUUGGGGAAAGCCUUUCCCAUAAAUUUCCUCAGCUGGAAUUGGGUCCAUCAUGCGAUAAAACUCGUAUUCAUUUUUGGUCGCGUUGGCUUUUCAGGUUUA